GAAGUCACAAAAACUCAACAAACAUAAGAAUUAUCGAACACAACUUGAAUCUUGUGUACAUAAAAACACUGACGAUCUUCUCUAUGCUCAUUUCGUUCUUAAUAAAUAUUUCCUAUUUUUCCUGUCUUUUUUCUUCCAAGCUUCAAAACCCAUCUCCUUAACUCUUCAAUUUCAGAUCUUUCAUCAUUUUCUUGAGGGUGAGAAGUUGAAGAGGCAUUAUAUUGGGGUCCAAAGAUGGCUUCGGCAUCUCAGUCUCCUGUUACAUUUUCUGGAAGUUUGUCUUCUGCAACCACGGCUUCUGAUCUUCUUAGGAGUUCCAUUAAUGGUGUUACUGGUGUACCGUUAAAAACUUUAGGCAAAGGGCAUGUGGGCCCAAGAAGAAGGGGUUUAAGUAUUUCUGCAAAGGUAAGAAAAGUGAAGAAUCACGAGUACCCAUGGUCUCAGGAUCCCGAUCCCAAUGUGAAGGGUGGAGUUCUUAGUCAUCUUUCCCCAUUUAAACCUUUAAAGGAAAAGCCGAAGCCCGUUACUUUGGAAUUUGAGAAGCCACUUAUGGAUUUACAGAAGAAAAUCAUUGAUGUGCAAAAAAUGGCUAAUGAAACUGGCCUGGAUUUCAGCGAUCAAAUCAUCUCUUUAGAGAACAAAUAUCAGCAGGCUCUUAAAGAUCUGUAUACACAUCUGACUCCGAUACAACGUGUUAAUAUUGCACGACACCCUAACAGACCAACGUUUCUUGACCAUGUUUUCAACAUUACAGAUAAGUUUGUUGAGCUUCAUGGAGACCGAGGUGGGUAUGAUGAUCCUGCUAUAGUGACUGGUAUUGGAACAAUAGAUGGCAGGCGAUUCAUGUUUAUGGGUCAUCAAAAGGGUAGAAAUACGAAAGAGAAUAUUCAACGGAACUUUGGAAUGCCUACACCACAUGGGUACCGAAAGGCUUUGCGGAUGAUGUACUAUGCAGACCACCAUGGAUUCCCUAUCGUCACAUUCAUCGACACUCCAGGGGCAUUUGCUGACCUUAAAUCAGAGGAACUGGGUCAAGGUGAAGCCAUUGCCCACAAUUUAAGGACCAUGUUUGGUCUAAAGGUACCAAUCGUUUCCAUUGUAAUCGGUGAAGGUGGCUCUGGAGGUGCUUUGGCCAUUGGUUGUGCUAAUAAAUUGCUAAUGCUUGAGAAUGCAGUCUUCUAUGUUGCCAGUCCAGAAGCAUGUGCGGCAAUUCUGUGGAAGACUGCCAAAGCUUCUCCAAAGGCAGCUGAAAAGCUCAAGAUCACUGCUAAUGAGUUAUGUAAGCUACAAGUUGCUGAUGGAAUCAUCCCUGAACCACUUGGUGGUGCACAUGCAGAUUCCCACUGGACCUCGAUACAAAUAAAAAAGGCCAUUCUUGAUUCAAUGGAUGAGCUUCAGCAGAUGAACACGGAAGACCUGUUAAGACAUCGAAUGCUCAAAUUUCGCAAGAUUGGUGGGUUCCAAGAAGGACUACCUGUCGAGGCUGAAAAGAAAGUCAAUAUGAAAAGAAAAGAGGAACCGAGACCCGGACUUAUUUCAGACAAAGUGUUGCAGGGUGAAGUUAAUAAACUAAAGGAGCAAAUUAUGAAAGCAAAAGAAUCUUCUUCAAUAGCUUCGGAUAUGGAUCAAAAUGGGCUGAUCGAAAAACUGCAAAGAGAAAUUAACUAUGAGUUUUCCGAGGCAGCCAAGGCAUUGGGGAUAGAAGAAAAAUUAACUAAACUGCGUGAAGAAUUUGAGAAAGCAGAGAACGAGGAGUUGACUCCUGACCAAAUGCAGGACCUUGAGAACCUAAAGGACGAGUUCAAUGACAAUUUAGCAACGGCUCCAAACUAUGGAAGACUGAAGUACAAGCUGGGCUUGUUAAAAGAAAUAACCGAAGCUAAAACAUUUGCUGAAAAUUACAGAAAGACUCUUCCUUUAAAGGCGAAAGUGAACGAGAAGUUCAAAGAGGUUUUGGAAAAACCAAAUUUGAAGCAGAAAAUCGAGGGACUGAAAGAUGAAAUUGAGAAAUCUGGGGUUUCCUCCCUUGAAGAAUUCGAUCAAGAACUUAAAGAGAAACUUAUCGAGGUUCGGGAAGAAGUGGAAUCUGAAUUUGUUAAUGCUCUUGAGUCUUCCGGUGUUCAUGUAGCUUCAAAAGUUGGCCAGUCUUCAAUGUCGAUAAUUAAGGCUAAAGUUGAUGAAAUAAAUGAAGAAAUCAAGCAAAUAAUUCAAGAUGUUAUUGAAUCAACUCCUGAUUUGAAGAAUAAAAUAGAGAUGCUGAAAUUUGAGGCCAUGAAAGACAAGAAUGCGCCUAGUAAGGAAUCAAAGGAAAAGAUUGAGGCUUUGGAGCAGCAAAUAAAGCAAGGUGUUGCUGAAGUGAUGAGCUCGGCAGCCAUUAAAGAGAAAUACGAACAAUUGCAGGCAGAACUUGCAGAACUUUCCGGGGGAUCUGAUGGAAGUUUGAUCAAAGAACCGAGUUAUGUUUGAUAUAAUAAACGCUGUUGAAACUACAUCAAGUUAUGAAAGAACAUGGAUUAACAAGUACUCUUGGCCAUCUCAACUACCAACGGGGUUAACCAUGUCAUAUUUGCUAAAGAUUCAUGGGGCAAAGACCUGGCUUCUUUGAAAGUUUGUUGUUUUAGUUUUUGAUAUGUCAUAGACUUCUAUAUGGAUUUUUUUUUUUUUCAUGAAUUAAGUUUCGGGAUUCAGUAUUUCCCCAUGGGCAGAUUGCAUUGCCGAUUCUAUCAGACAACAAUAGCAUUUCAUGUAAAUUUUGCUGAUUACCAAGAAUGCUAAUAAUUUGCUUUCUCUUAUUAGUGUUUAAUCUUUGUGAUAUUGAAUAAUUUGAUCCAAUAAUCAUUUGUAAUAUAGAAUUUAUGUGUUUUUCAAA